AUGAGGAACCACACAGCAAUAACAACUUUUAUCCUGCUGGGACUGACAGAUAACCCACUACUGCAAAUCCUGAUUUUUGUCUUUCUAUUUCUCACGUACAUGUUAAGUGUAACAGGGAACCUGACUAUUAUCACCCUAACAUUGAUAGACUCCCAUCUUAAAACACCUAUGUACUUUUUCCUCAGAAAUUUUUCCUUCUUAGAAGUCUCAUUUACCACUGUCUGUAUUCCUAGAUUCCUGUACAGUAUAUCAACUGGAGACAAUACUAUUACCUACAAUGCGUGUGCAACUCAAAUAUUUUUUGUUAUUCUCUUUGGAGCAACAGAAUUUUUUCUCCUGGCAGCCAUGUCCUAUGAUCGGUAUGUUGCUAUCUGUAAACCCCUUCACUACAUGAGCAUCAUGAACAAUAGAGUGUGCACCAUAUUAGUCACCUGCUGUUGGGUGUCUGGCUUGAUGAUCAUUGUCCCACCCCUUACCUUGGGUCUCCAGCUGGAAUUCUGUGACUCCAAUGCUGUUGAUCAUUUUAGCUGCGAUGCAGCUCCCCUCCUAAAGAUCUCAUGCUCAGACACCUGGGUAAUAGAACAAAUGAUUAUCCUUGUGGCUGUAUUUGGACUCAUUCUCACCCUCAUGUGUGUGCUUCUGUCCUACACAUACAUCAUCAGGACAAUUCUGGGAUUCCCCUCAGUCCUACAAAGAAGAAAGGCCUUUUCUACCUGCUCAUCCCACAUGAUUGUGGUUUCCAUCGCCUAUGGAAGCUGCAUCUUCAUCUAUGUCAAGCCCUCAGUAAAGGACCAGGUGGCCAUAAAUAAAGGAAUUGUAGUUCUCACUACUUCUGUUGCACCCUUGUUGAACCCUUUCAUUUACACUCUGAGGAAUAAGCAAGUGAAACAGGCUUUUUAUGACUCUAUAAAGAGGAUUACAUUUCUCUCGAAAUCGAAAUUUUGA